GACUGCAAAAUAUUUGAUCACAUGAUCACAAGAUGGAGGACGUACCGCCGGUAUCAGAUAUUCCACAACAAAAACAGAAGAGGUAUGAUGAUAUCAAAAAUACAUUUCUUAAGAAGUAUGGAAACCCACCGGAGUUUUUCGCAAGAGCAUCGGGCAGAGUGAAUAUCAUAGGGGAACAUAUCGACUACUGUGGCUAUUCUGUGUUGCCAAUGGCGAUAGAACAGGACAUCAUUAUCGCUGUGUCACAUAGUAGCACAACAGACAAAAUCAUGCUCUCAAACAUGAAUCCUUCUUAUCAAGAUUUUCAGUGUAGCAUAAAAGACUUUACAAUCAGUAAAUCAGACCCACAAUGGUUCAAUUACUUCCUGUGUGGCGUGAAGGGAAUACUGGAGUAUGCCAAGCCAAAUGCACUUCGGGGAAUGACCUGUAUGGUCAGUGGAAAUGUUCCAGCCAGUUCUGGACUGUCCAGUUCUAGUGCUCUAGUCUGCUGUGCUGCCCUAGCCACAAUGUACGCCCAUGGGUACUCGAUAGCCAAGAAAGAGCUGUCAGGGAUCUGUGCUCAGUGUGAACGUCACAUCGGUACAGAGGGCGGUGGGAUGGACCAGGCCAUAUCUUUCAUGGCACAGGAAGGCACUGCGAAGCACAUAGAGUUUUCUCCCUUGCGCACCACUAAUGUACGACUACCAGGAGGUGCUGUGUUUGUUGUGACGAACAGCUGUGUAGAAAUGAAUAAAGCUGCCACUUCCUUCUUCAACAUCCGUGUUGUUGAAUGUCGUCUAGUCGCUCAGAUCAUUGCCAAGUCUAAAGGGUUGAACUGGAGAGAUUACAAACGUAUUGGUGAUGUACAAAAGGCUCUAGGUUUGAGUCUGGAAGACGCUUUAGUUGUUGUAAAGGAAAUAUUCCACAAGGAACCUUAUACAAAGGAGGAGGUGUGUACAUUUCUGGAGGUCACACCUGAACAACUAGCUAAAACCACACUCAGUACCAACACACUCACAGUGCAAUCCUUCAAGCUCCAUGACCGAGCCACUCAUGUAUUCAGUGAGGCCAACCGUGUACUGCAGUACAAGCGUAUCUGUGAUGAAAAUCCGGGGGAUGUCCUCCAGCGCCUCGGAACUCUUAUGACGGAGAGUCAUGUUAGCUGUCGAGACAUGUAUGAGUGCAGUUGUACAGACUUAGACAAACUUGUCGACAUCUGUUUGGAAUCUGGUGCUCUGGGGUCACGCCUGACUGGUGCCGGUUGGGGAGGCUGUGCGGUUUCCAUGGUACCCAUGGAUCAGGUGGAACAAUUCAUAUCAAAGGUCAAGGAAAAUUACUAUGCAGUUGAACCUUCCAGGGCUGCUAAGGUGUCGUCUGCUGUAUUUGCCACACAACCUGGAGGAGGGGCUGCCAUUUAUAAAAUGUAAAUUGGUGACGAUGUACACACGAUAAAAAUCAAGUUUCCGAAUGAAUGUUUUUAUGAUGUUAUGACAUAAAGGUUUCAUGACUGCAAAUAUCAUAUAUCAAAAAUGCACAGCUCACUUUAUACAUACUCUUUGUAUGCAUAAGACGUGAAUGUGUUGUGAUCAUUGUAUAUCUAAAUUGAUUUUAAUCUCUAUAUAUACAUAUGUAAUUGAAAAGUUUAAAUUGUAUAAAUUAUACUUUAACAUUAGAUAGUAUGAAGUCGAACAGUGGGUUUCAUGUUUAAUGAUUUUAAAUGGCUAUGGGUAGUGUACAUUUUAGGAUGGGAGAGAUCUUCAGCUUUUAAUUAUUUAAUAACAGUUGUCAGGAAAGUCACAGGCAAAUUCUUCAUCAAAUUGUGAUUCAUCAGAUCAUCUUUUGUGAUCUGCCAUAAAGGCCACGUAACUAUAGCAAAAUCCCGUCUAUAAAGACCACCCCAUAUACACAAUGAUUGUAUAUAAAUCUGAUAGCUAGAUCACCUGCAUUAAAGACCUUUUAUCGCUGCUCCCUGUGGUGACUGUUAUAGAGGUUUGAUAGUAUAUUGAAUAAACCGCUAUGUUAUAUUUCUUACUCGUGAGGAUAGCCAUGUCUAGGGGUUUGAGGCCCUGGGUUCAAUUCCAGAUCAGGUCGUUGCAUUUUCCGUCUCCAAUCAUCCAUGAAUAAAUGUCUCCUAUAAUGUCCCCUGAUUAAACAAGUUGUAAAUUAUGUUAAAAAGAAUCUAAGAAAAUUUCAUGUGACAAGAAUGUUUACAAAUCAUCCAGUAGAUAAGGGAAAACAGAUCAAGAAAGAAAGGAAAAGAAACGUCCUAUAGUGCUAAUAAAAAGGUGAUGGAAGCAAAGAUCCCUCUGGAAUUUCAUUUACUAAUGAUUAUAAUGAAAACUUAUUUCAUCAGUGCCAAAUUGUUACUUUCUCUUUUCUGUGCAAUAUUGAUAACUUUAUACUAGUCAUACAAUGUAUGCCUUAGUUCAUACUCUGGAUCCGAGGGGAUAAGCCUGUAUAUACAAGUUUCUGGUUAAUCAAGAUAUAUUAUUAGAUUUGCAUACUCGCCUGUAUAUACAAGAUUCUGGUUAAUCAAAUAUAUAAUUAGAUUUGCAUACUCGGUUUCCCACAGUUUAUACACAAGUUUCUGGUUAAACAUGAUACCUAAGAUUUGCAUUCUAUGAUUUACUUUUAGUUUUGAAAAGAUAUAAAUAUGUGUAAUUGUUUUAAUUUGUUGGAGGUGCCAUAUUGAUUACAUGUAAGGGAUUUCUGUGUAAUGAAUGAAGAGGAAGAGGUUACAAUAGAUAUUCUAGCUUUAGUCAAAAACUCGCAGCUUAAAUUCAAGAAACUGCUGAUCUGGUUGAGGGAUUUCCAUUCAGUUUCCAUACAUCCUCUGUUAAUUACUUUUAAGUCAGAACAUACUUUUGUUGCCUGGCCACCAAUAUAAUACAAUUUAUGAUGCGAAUUAUAUUUAUACAUAAUACCUCAGGUUUUUGACACAAAACCCCAAAAGACUUGGAAUUUGUGCUUAAGUCCCUGUGUGUUACAUUAUUUUGUUGAUCAACAAGGCAUAUUUAAUUUGUUAUGACAAGUAUUUGGGACCAAGGUUUGUGAUUUUAAAUAUGAGAAAAUGAUACUUGCACUUUAAAUUAUUUUGACAGAAUAUUAAAACACAAUUGAUAGAUGAU